AUGAGGCCCACAAUUAACCUUCAGCGACUAGGACGGUCGGUCCCUCGCUGCUCUAUUUCGCGUGUACAGUCCGCGUUGAUCUCGCGGCCCUUCUCAAGCUCAAUAUCCUCACUUGACCGCACACCUCCGCGGGGCUGGACACCCACACCAUUCGUUACGGAGACAGUGGGAGGUGGCUGGCACACCUAUGAUAUCUUUUCACGCCUUCUGAAGGAGCGCAUCAUCUGCCUCAAUGGCGAAGUUGACGAGACCAUGUCGGCCUCAACCGUCGCCCAACUCCUCUUCCUCGAAGCCGACAACCCCCAAAAACCAAUCCACCUAUAUAUCAAUUCCCCCGGUGGUUCAGUAACAGCAGUCCCUAACAAACUCUCCCUUGCACCUCCCCCAGGCCUCGCAAUCUACGACACAAUGACCUACAUCGCCUCCCCCGUAAGCACAAUCUGCGUCGGCCAAGCCGCCUCAAUGGGCUCCCUCCUGCUCUGCGGCGGCGAACCCGGAAAACGCUACUGUCUCCCGCACAGCUCGAUCAUGAUCCACCAGCCCUCGGGCGGGUACUUUGGCCAGGCGACUGAUAUCGCGAUCCACGCGAAGGAGAUCCUGCGUGUGCGCGCGCAACUCAAUCAGAUUUAUCAGCGCCAUUUGACGGGUAAGAAGCAGAUGUCGCUGGAUGAGAUUGAGAAGUUGAUGGAGAGGGAUUAUUUCAUGGGGGCUGGUGAGGCGUUGGAGUUCGGUAUUGUGGAUGAGAUUUUGGAUAGGAGGGUGAAGGGUGCGGAGAAGGGGGGUGAAGGGGAGGGGAAGCCGCCGGUUGUUUAG